AUGACGAACGAACAAGAGCAGGGCAGCAACGGCAGUACAGCCUCGAAGGUUUUACGACCGUUGAGAGCGGUGCUCAAUGAACUUGGCCUUGUGACGUUGUUCCAUGCCUCGACAGAUACCAAGAUUCUCAUCCUCCAGCGUUUCGUCCGUCUCUUUGCCUACGGUGGCUCGACGUUGAUUCUGGCUUCAUAUCUUUCGGAUCUAGGAAUCGCCGAUGCUAGAAUCGGGUUGUUUAUGACGCUGACAUUGAUUGGCGAUGUGUUCAUCAGCUUCCUAUUGACACUCGUGGCCGACCAACUUGGCCGUCGUUGGAUUCUUGUGCUGGGAGCUGCGUUGAUGAGUGUGGCUGGCAUAGUAUUUGGCCUCAGCGGGAACUACUGGGUGCUACUUGCAGGAGCCAUCAUUGGGGUCAUUAGCCCAAGUGGGAAUGAAAUUGGACCAUUUCGGGCGGUCGAGGAGUCAACACUUGCGCAUCUUACGGCCAGUGCGGACCGCAGCGACAUCUAUGCUUGGUAUUCUCUUAUAGGCACAGCCGGCACCGCUUUGGGAUUCGUUAGCUGCGGAUGGAUCAUCACCUUCCUUCGAGACGAGAAGCAUUUCAGUUCGAUCAAAGCUUAUCGAGUCAUCUACUUGAUCUAUACUAUCGUCGGGCUGAUCAAGCUUUGCCUGGCCCUUCUAUUGAGCAAGGAGUGUGAAGUCAAUACUCAGCCAAAAGCUGCAAACCCCAGCGAAACCUCGCCGCUUCUCGGAGACAGCGGCGCGGCAGCCCAAAAGAAGAAGAAGCGCUGGAAUCUCCUCCCGGACAUCAGCAAGGAGAGCAAGGUCGUGCUGAUUCAGCUGUGCAUUCUCUUUGCCUUCGAUAAUUUUGCCUCAGGCCUGGCUCCAGUUUCCUGGGUAACCUUCUACUUCAAACGAAGAUUCAAUCUGUCGGAAGGAAAUCUUGGCUCGAUAUUCUCAGUAACGGGAGUAAUUUCCGCUCUGUCGAUGCUUGUAGCAUCGUCCAUAUCGAAGAGGAUCGGAAACGUCAAGACCAUGGUGUUCACGCAUCUGCCUUCCGCUAUAUGUUUGGCUCUGAUCCCAAUUCCUUCUACGUUGGCAGGUGCACUUGUCUUCCUCAUAGGUCGUUCUUGCACACAAGUCAUGGACGUGGCUCCACGUUCGGCUUUCCUGGCCGCCAUAGUACUGCCACAUGAGCGCACGGCUGUUAUGGGCACGAUCAACGUUGUCAAAACUUGUGCCCAAAGCUUGGGUCCUGUCAUCACUGGCGUUCUUGGCACUAAGAAUCAUUUUUGGGUGGCAUUCGUUGCCGCUGGAUCUCUCAAGGCUACUUACGAUUUAGGAUUGCUCGCACUGUUCGCAGAGAGAAAGAGCCGUGAAAAUAAGGUGGCUCAGCCGAGCGACGAAGAGCAGCAGGACAACAAUGGAGGCAACUCGACAUCAUAG